CUGGAAUGGACCAGCGCCGCCGGCGACGUCAUUCCAGCGAGGAAGGAGGGAGCGGCAUGUGUCCAUCUCGCACUUUUUUGCUGGUGGCUGUGCUUGGCUGCAACAUCGUGCUCUUCGUCUACAACUUCCCCGGGUUGGUUGGAGUCGUGCCAUCAGUCACUCAAUUCAACAGUUCUUGGCUCGACAAAAAGGAGGUAUCUGAUCUUCUCCAAAAACUGGAGGAUCGAAUCAAGAGGUUGGAGCAGCAAAGAAGUUCUUCAGGAAUUGCACCUUCCGCACCCAGCCCAUCAGCUCCAGCUCCACCAGCACCAACAAAAGAACCAAAAGAGGCCAGCCAGAUUGUGCCAACUCCAGCAACCCAGACAACCCAAGCCAGCGAGACGACAACUGCUCCAAGCACCAGUACCAGUGCGAGUCCGCCGGUGGAGCCUCCACCGCCGUCCGCUCCAAUUGCCAGCCUAGCACCUGACAUUGCUGUCCGUACGCGUGAAGGCGCAGGAAAGCUACACUUGCUGAGCCACCGAAGUUGCUCACAGGACCAAAGUGCCAAGUGCAACCAAGGCUUCAUCAAGGAGAUGGCAAGCAUGGACAAGGAGGCGAACACAGCGCCAGAGAUUGAUGAACGACACCUGUACACAAGUCUCCCCGAUGAGCUCAUGAAUGACCCACGUUGGCAGACGCACGUGAAGCCAGGCGUUCGUGGACGUGGUUAUUGGUUCUGGAAGGCUGCGCUCUCAAGGAUGUUGUUGUCACAGGGCGUACUUCAACUCGGCGACGAGUUGCUGUACGUAGAUGCGGACUCCAUGGGCAUGAUGAAGCACAUCAUCAGAAUGCGCGGCAAUCACAAGGAGGACGUGAUCCUUGCGGCACAGCCCCAUUGCGAGCAUGUCUGGACAAAGGGUGACAUAUUUCAACGCUUUGGCACAACAUGGGACAGCCUGCAUUAUGGCCUAACUCAGCAGCCAAAGGCGCAGGCCUGGCUAAUGCGGUUGAACGAGCGAACCCUGAAAUUGCUUCAGAUUUGGGAAGGUUUGAUGACAGACUUUCACUUGGUAUCAGACGAGCCGUCCAGGAACAAAGCUCUGGAUGGGCCCUGGUUCAAGAGAAAGGAGAAUCGCCACGAUCAAAGCAUUCUGUCUAUGAUCCUGAAAGCAAGUGUCGCCAAGUCUGGCUCCUGCAAAGAGCCGGACUUUCCCUGCGAUCGGCUUGGCUCCAAAGAUGAGACGGCCGGAUGGCAGGUGCAUCCUGAGUUGGGAGUGCCGGGUCUCACCGUGAAGUACUUCUGAUGGGGGCAAUUGUGCUGCGAGAUCUGGGAGGUUGGUAGGAGAUGUAGUAGAUGGAUGUAGAUGGCACUUGAAUCCAACGGCCCAAAGAUGGGCACGUCCUGAGGUCCAGCUGAGAAACUGUUGAGUGUGAACCAUCUCUGAGUUGUUUUCAGAACCUGUUCU